AUGAUCGCGUGCCCUAUAGUUGACCGUGCAGGCCACGCUUCGCGUGGCCUGAAAACGCGCUGGCGCGCGUUGUACUGCCUCAAGCCCGGCAGUUCCGUUAGCCAAGGGCCGCGCGGCAGCGCUACCUUUCAUCAGCUAAACUGUUCUUUGAACUUUAACUUGGUCUUCGGCCUCGGCACAGUUUACUCCAGCAGUCAUUCAGAAGGUUCCGUGACCAACGGCGGCCUCCGGCCGCCGAAGCUUCCAAAAAAAGUAACUUUGGCUCGGCCUUCGGCCUCGCCAUGUCGUAUUUUAGGAAAUUUUGGAGUUUCUUUGAACUUUAGCUUGGCCUUUGGCCUCGGCACAGUUUACUCCAGCAGUCAGCUACAACAUUCAAAAGGUUCCGUGACCAACGGCGGCCUCCGGCCGCCGAAGCUUCCAAAAAAAGCCCCUUUGGCUCGGCCUUCGGCCUCGCCAAGUCGUAUUUUAGGAAAAUUUGGAGUUGCGCACACGGACUGCAUCCAGAAUUUGAUUCUGCGUCGAUUGGGACCAAAAUCGUGUCGAUAG